AAGCUCUUCUUCGCAUCAAUUUCCUUUGAUUUAAUUUAAUUGAAUAAUGCCUAAUCUAAUACGAAUCGCCAGCCUCUACUAUUCGAAUCGAUUUUCCAGCAACGGAACCGCUUUUCUCUCAAAUAUCAUCAAAUUAGUAAAGGUAGGGGGAUAUCAUGGCUGUACACUCCGAGUCAGGUUCGCAGGAGAAGAAAUCAGGCAAUGGAUUGAAUGAGUUACUGACCUUUAAUGCUGAGAACAUGCAGAACAACAUGAAGAUUAUCUAUUACAGUCGGACAUUUUUGUCUAUAAUUGGCGGAGUUGUUGCUGGAAUUUUAGGAUUUACAGGCUUGAAAGGAUUUGUCUUUUACUUACUUCUCAUGGCAGUUACUUCAGUUGGGCUUGUAGCCAAAGCAAAAUUUUCAAUCCCCACUUACUUCGACUCUUGGAACCGAGUGCUGCUUGAUGGCUUUCUUGGUGGUCUAAUGUCGUUCGUGCUGUUUUGGACAUUUGCAUAUGACAUUGUUCAUAUAUUCUGAUGGAGGGAGCAUACAAGUGUUUAAACUGAAGGCGAAUUCGGCUUCUGUUGCUGCUACCAUUGCUUGCCAGGAUGCAGCUACACCCUGGAGUUAUUAGAUAGCUUCAAUGAUGUAACCGUUUUAAAACUUUGUAAGCUUCACUUCAUUAGAUUAUUUAUCCGUUGAUGUAUUAUUUGAAAGAGUUUCAAGAGGCAAGGAUGUUACAAUGUUGCAUCUUUUCUCGCUGUCAAAAUUGGCCUAUACGAGAUUGCUUUUGCAGUAUGUUUUAUGACCCCCUAAGCAAUUUUGUCAAUUUUAUUUUAUCAUUUUGCUUAGCUUUAAUUCUCAAUGAAAAUUUAGCUGAGACUGUUUAUUUGGCAA